UUCUACAAUCACUAAUAUGAUUUCAUUCAGAGCAUAUGGAAGCAACUUCAGUGUUCAUGAUGUGCCAUAUGCAGGCUCUUCUGAUUAUGCUCGGAUCAGUUGUAGAUUGCAGAGCAGGGAAUAUAAGUUUCCAUCCUGCCAAUUGCAACGUUGUAAGGCUUUACCAAGCGUCACGAAGGAGAGUGCUCCUUGUCACGAAUCUCUCCAGUUCUUGGAGGAGGAAACAGUUCCAGCAUCCACCACCGACAGUAAAGCAUAUAUGAUAGAGGAAAUGAGAAAAUUGCUUGCAACCUUGGACGAUGGAGAAAUCAGUCCCUCUGCUUAUGACACAGCUUGGGUUGCUCGGAUCCCCUCGCAGUCAAACGCUACUUGCCCAGAAUUCCCCGAAACACUGGAGUGGAUUGCUCAUAACCAGCUUCCUGAUGGAUCUUGGGGGGAUAGGAACCACUUUCAAAUUUAUGAUCGGGUAUUGAGCACAGUCUCAUGCUUAGUUGCGUUGAAAACGUGGAACCUGGGACAUGACAACAUCAAUAAAGGUGAAAGAUUCCUCAAGCAAAACAUAUACAAACUUACAAAAGAUAAAGGAGAUUUACUUUGUGGUUUUGAGCUCAUUUUUAUGACGAUGCUAGAGGAAGCCAAACAGAAGGGUCUAGACAUUCCAAUUGAUAUUCCAGCUCUAAAAAUUCUUCAAGGAUAUCGUCAAAAGAAGUUGCAAAAGAUUCCAUUGGAGAUGGUUCAUUCUAUUCCAACAACAAUUCUAUAUUCUUUAGAAGGAUUGCAAGAUCACAUCAACUGGGAAAAGAUUUUGCAGUUCAUAGGCACUGAUGGAUCGUUUCUAAGUUCCCCUUCUGCCACAGCUUGUGUAUAUAUGCACACAAAGGACCCCAGAUGCUUGGAGUAUCUCAAAGGAGUGGUUAAAAAAGUGAAAAACUCAGUGCCAUGUCAAUAUGCUAUCGAUUUAUUUGAGCGUUUAUGGAUUGUUGAUACCUUGGAAAGGCUAGGAAUUGAUCGAUAUUUUCAACCUGAAAUUAAAAACAUAUUAGAUUAUGUGUAUAAAUAUUGGAGUGAUAAAAAAGGAAUUGGAUGGGGGAGAGAAAGCUAUCUCAAAGAUAUUGACGACACAUCAAUGGGCUUUCGUCUGCUCAGGUUGCAUGGAUAUAAGGUGACACCAGAUGUAUUUCUAAAUUUUAUGUCAAGCGAAGACAAAUUCUUCUGUUUCCCUGGCGAAUCAUAUCAUGGUGCUUCUGAUAUAUUCAAUCUAUACAGAGCAUCCCAAGUCGCUUUUGCAAACGACAAUAUCUUGACAAAAGCUAAGAACUAUGCUCAUAAAUAUUUAUCACAACUUGAUAAAGCUUACUUAGACAAAUGGUCAGCCAAGAAAAACUUUUUCCAAGAGGUAGAGUUUGAGUUAUCGAACCAGUGGAAUUCAUGUCUUCCAAGGGCGUAUUCUAAAUCUUAUAUUCACAAUUACGGCCCGAACGAUAUAUGGAUAGCCAAAACAAUUUACAGGCUGCCUUUUGUAAACAAUGAGCUCUUCAUAAAUCUGGCAAAAGAGGACUUCAACGCAUGCCAGUCAAUUCACCAAUCAGAAAUCCAGACGCUCUUGAGGUGGUGGGCCGCGCUCAAGUUUGGAGAUCUUCCAUUUUUUGGUGACAAGGUCGUGACAGCCCACUUUAGCAUUGCGUCUUGCAUGUUUGAGCCAGAGUUCUCGGAGUUGCGGCUCUUCUACACAAAGUACGCUCUCCUCAGCUCGACGCUCGACGAUUUAGCCGAUUACUAUGGCAGCCCUGCACAGACCAGAUGUAUUCUUGAGGCUAUCAGGAGCUGGGAUCCAUCUCUCGUGAGCCACUUAUCCGAGGAAGUUCAAAUUUGCUUCAGUGGCUUGUACCGGACUAUCAACGAAAUGGUUAAAAGCGCUUCGAAGGUUCAAACUGGUUCAUCCAUUAAUAUAAGGGAACACAUGCAAGAACAAUUGGCAAAGCUCAUCAGUGCUCAACUAGUUGAUGCGGAAUGGAUGGAAAGAAAACACAUCCCGAGCUUUGAAACAUACUUGAGCAAUGCCACCGUCAGUGUUGGGAUGCAAGACUUGCUCCUGAGCUCCAUCUUCUUCUGUGGCGAAUCCAUCUCAAAACAUCUGAUGCAAGAGAUCAAGAACUCACGCUGCCUGCAACUGACGUGCUUGAUCGCAAGGCUGUGCAAUGACAUUGGAACAUAUCAGUUUGAACGAGAGAAAGGCGAAGUUGCCUCAAGCAUUACAUGCUACAUGCGAGAAAACCGGGGCAUCACUGAAUCCCAGGCCAUAGAACACUUGCAAGGAAUCAUAGAUGAAAGCUGGAAGGAGCUAACUGAGGAGUUCUUGACACCCAGCCAGAUUCCUCGAAGCAUCAAGAGGCUCAUGUUUGAAACAGCGCGGAUAUUCCAGUUCAUCUAUCCCAAGAAGGACAACUUCAAAGAUCCCAGCAAAGCCAUGGCGUCUCUCAUACAAAAUGUGUUGUAUAAACCAGCUGAAUGAAGGCAUGCAAAGAUUUAACAUCAA